AUGGCCUCAAACGGCGGGUCGUCCGUCGCUCAGCUCUGGCAAGAUGCGAUCGCGGAAUACGAAAAUGCGACCGGCAAAAACCUUCGCCUGGGCCAAUUCAAGAGCAUGGACGAGGUGAUGGCAGGAACAGAGGGCUUAUCGAACAACUUUAGCAAUUUCCGUUCCGACAAGUCCAAAGUAAGCAAGAUGAGGACGGCGUUCAAAAACAACAUGUGGUUGAUUCAGGAUAUUGUCAACACCAUACAAUCUGUUGGCAAUGCUGCAUCGAUAUUUCCCCCCGCAAUGCCAGCUACUUUGAUCUUCUCGGCGUUCGGGCAGGUCAUGCAGUCGUUUUCCACGGUCUCUGCCGACUAUGACACUGUCAUGGGGUUCUUUGAAUUCACCCAUCGGUUCUUCGACCGACUUUCGAUUAUCGACCAGAAAAUGCCGGAAUUGCCUCCGUUUCAAAGAUGCAUCAGCCGCGUCUUCUCUAGCAUACUUAGGAUUUGCGCCAUCGCGCAGAAGUAUACCAAAGAGAAGCGGUUCAAGAAAUGGUUCGAUAGUCUCCUCAAGGGAAACGAUGGCGAACUUGCCGCCGCCAGCGAGGAGUUAGAAACGGCCAUCAACGAUAUGAGCCAAGCCGUCGGGCUAUCAACUUUGAAGACGGUCGAUGUCAUGAACAGAGUCGUCGACAGCAUGAACGGGAACGUCGAGUUCCUAGUCUCCAAUGCCAACCUCAUUGACGAAAGAACCGCAGCGAUCCAAUCAAACACGGAUGCCAUUCGCGAGCAGAACCGAGAUAUCGCAUCCAAGCAGGACGAUAUGACAGACAUGCAGCGGGAGAUGAUGAGGCAGUUAUCCGAGCAGUCCAAGUUACUCAACCAAGCGGUGGGAUUCUUCGAUUCGCUUCAGAUUGGCGAAAGCUUCGGCAAGGAAUUCGAAACAAGCCUGCUGAAAGUCGACGUGAUCAAGCUGCGUCUCACUCGGUGGGGAAAAUCCGUCGGAUUAGCCAACUUGGACGACCUGGGAUCUUCUCGCGAGAUCAAGCUUGCUCCUGAGGACAUUCCGAAGGUGCAAGAUCUCCUCAAUGAGAUCCUGGAGCUAAUUGCGGACGCGGAUAAGCUUUCGGGCCGCUUCAAGAAGAAGAAUCCCGCGGCUCUUACCAUGGAUCCUCUUAUGGAGCUGGACAAUACCGCUGCCUCACUUCAUCAGCAGAUGGAUUUGCUCGCCAAGGGACGACAGGGUGACUCGGCGGUCAGCCCGGAUGAUGCUUUGGUUAUUUAUCAGAUGAAGGAUUUCUCACGAUUAAUCGAAGACACCAAUGGUUUGGUCGACGACUUAAUCGAAUUGUUCCCAGCUGUGCAGGAUGAGCAGCGCAAGAUUUGUGAGGAUGAGGUCUCGCGGUUGAAGAAGGUCCAGAAUGGCCUGCCCCUGCUGAAAAAUGUGGCUGCUGGCCAGGAUGAUCUUUUGCGUGAUACUGUUGUGAAGGCCAUCCAGUCUACAACCACCUACAACAAUAGUGUUGUGUUCACGGGGGAGAACUACGGAUUCCAGGUUGGGAAUAACGUUGGCAGGAUUGGCAAUGUGCGAUUCGGUCAGUACCAGUAG